AUGAAUCAGAACCUAAGAGGUCUGGAGAUGUUCCGGCCAGACGACCGUAAGAUCGCUAUGUCAUCAAUGUUUACGGGCUUUGGGUUGGCAUUGUGGGUGGCUGUCGGACGUCUUCUGUACCCUGCCAAGCCCAGUGGCGCCCGCACCACUCUUGAGGAGUGCGCCUUCAACUACACGGCCAGUGUUCCUGUUCAGCGGAGUUACUUCUCAGGUGGAGUAUACGAUUUGUACCACGUGUCUUACAUGUGGAUUCCGGUCAUCAGCUUCUUCGUCACGCUUGUGGUAGCUAUCUCCCUCACGGUAAUUUUUUCGUUCAAGAAGUCCGUCGAUGUAGAUCCGAGCUUGAUAUCACCUUGCAUGAGAAGAAUAUACCUGAUGAUGAAAAUCCACAAGAAGGAGCAGUCAGCCAAGGAACAGACACCUGUCUUGAUGAAGAUGGAGGAAACAUCUGAUCCGGCGGUGCCCAGUGUUGUCAGCGGAAGUGGAAACGGUUACACGAAUCACGCCAUGACAAGUGACAACGACGUUGAACGAACAGACAUUUAAUCGUUAA